GUUCUCUCUUCUAACCAUUUCAGCGGGCCAAAGGCCGAGCGCCAAUCUGUGUCAAUGUAAACUUCAUCAAUGAAUUAGUGUUUGUCAUCUCAGCGCGAUCUUGCACCAGAUUUUGUUUUUAUCUGAAUUACGGGUUUUACAUACAAGACAGACAAGCGCCACAAAACAUAAUCGUGGCGGCAAACAGCACGAGAGCCCGUGGAAAGCUGUCAGCCAGAGUUAGAUACGACCUCGAGACACUGACUGCAGAGUGCUUGUUUUAAUUACUUGUUAAAAAGGAGCUACAAGCAUGCACCCUUUAUACGGAGAGAAACAGAAGUGUUUCGAAUACGAUGGAUACUCGACUAGAGCAAUGAAUUCUGUAAUGGAUUCGAACAUUGAUAUCCUCUAUUCUUGUUUCAGUCAGCAAACUGAUCACUGUUCAAAUCCCGUGAUUCGUCAAUCUACUUACAGCCCGCCCCUGCCACCUCAUUUCUCAGCUAAAGACAUGGUCAAACCACCUUACUCCUACAUUGCUCUUAUUACCAUGGCAAUUCAUAACUCUCCGGAAAAAAAGACAACAUUGAAUGGAAUCUAUCAGUUUAUAAUGGAACGGUUUCCUUUUUACCGCGAAAACAAGCAAGGCUGGCAAAACAGCAUUAGGCAUAACUUGAGUUUAAAUGAGUGUUUCCUCAAGGUUCCUCGAGACAACAAGAAGCCAGGAAAAGGAAGUUAUUGGACUCUGGAUCCGGAUAGUGUGGACAUGUUUGACAACGGCAGCUAUCUUCGAAGACGUCGAAGGUUCAAGAAAAAGAAUGUCUCUCUAGAAAAGGAAUAUACUGAAGGACCUAUGAAGGAGUCUGAAGGAAGAAAAGAGGAUGAUCAAUCACAUGAGACUAACAUUCCAUCCAGAAUAAAGGAAACUGUGAACUUCAGCAAUAAGAACUAUGGCGGUGAAGAAGUUGUAAUGUUUAAAACAUCAAAGACGAGAGAUCUACUCACUUCUCCAUCUCUCUCUGCACAAGACAAUGAAAAAAUAUUCAAGAAGUUUCCCAAAUACGAAACCUUAGAAGAAUGUGGGAUUUCUUCUUGUAUGCAGCAAAUAUUAAGAAACUGUAAGUUUGGAACAAAACACAGUUCUUCCUCACAUAAUUCAGUGUUAUUUAGCAAUACCAUAUCGGAAGAGUUUUUGGAUUCUUCAUGUGUUGGUAACGUUUCUGGGAGCACCUUGAUGUCACCUAGAGAGUCGGUGAAUUAUUUCCCGUGGGUAAUGAGUUCAGCAGUACAUGAUGAAAGCGUAGUGCCGCCUUAUUGUCGUAAGGCCAUAUAUUCAUGUGACGAACUGGAUGGGUAUCCUGUCUAUAGUGAUUCUCCAAUGGUUAUGAACCAUAGCAGGGCAGCAGCUCGAGGAGUGUACCAUACCGAAAACGCCAGUCAGCUUCCAAUUUUCAAGAAAUCAGCAAGUAAGAGUGAACUGUGCAAUCAAACAGUCAGUCGUUGUUUUGGUGACAGCAACGGUUUACUGACCGAAAUGCCCACUCAAGAAUCAUUCGGGUCCUCGAAACGACAGUCGUCAACUUCUAGUCCAUACUAUACCUUUUCCCCAAUACCUGAACCUAAUGUCUCCGCUAGCCAACCGUUCUUAACAGAAGCCUUUUCAACCGUCAACGGUAACUUCUGCGUUCGAGACAUGUUUGAAUCACAGCAGCUUCCAGCCACCACCGCUUCAGUUAAUCCGAACUGUCAAAUGGUUUUUACCAACAGCACUGAAGCCUACCCAGUCAGAUCUGAAACAUCAACUCGUUAUGAGUGUAGCAUGGUUUAAUUUCGUGCACUUCUGACUUGUUUUCCAACUUUUUAUUAGGAAAUAACAAAAACACACUUGAGGAUUUUCCCCCUUUUUUGUUGAACGAUUCCCUCAUGUCUGUAAGUAUACACAGCUUACAGUUUAAUUAGCAUAUCCGCCAUUUUGACCUAAUUCUAAUAAACAAAACGCUAAAAGUUGUACAAAAUAGUGAAUUUUUUGAAGUGUUUUUGGUUUUAAAUAACGUCUUUAAAAUGGAAAAAAAUGUAUCUAUAUACAAAUUUUAAGAAACUCACCAAAACAACUAAUAGUCGAAAUUUUAAACGGUAUAGUUUAUUUUCAUGAUAAAGAAAAAUCAAUGUAUAUAUACCAUUAAUGACGCUAGCCCUGAUGCACCUAAGUAAUAGCUAUGUUUUGUAUCGCAGCAUGUUUAACUGAAGUAAAUUUUUUUACUGAAAAUUAGAUAUCUGAUAUAAAUCAACACAAUGUUAGAUCAUAUCAAUUGUUUUAACAUUGCAGGAGUUUCUUACACGUUUAAUCUUUUAUAAAAUUAUAUUUAUUCUUUUAACCAUUGAAAUGUUUAAUACAACUGAAACAAGAACCGUUGAUUGAUAUGCAUUUGUUGCUUGUGGGGUCUGUGUAUCUAUCAAUACUUAUCACACAAUAUAUUGUAUUUUGUUACAUACCUACAGGCGAUCUGUGCACUCAAAACAUAACAAUAAGUGAAAUAGAAUUUAAGAUGAAUUAAGAAAUAAAUAAGAAACUUAUAAGAGAGGGUUACAUUUAACGAACUUCUACUUGAUGAGUCACUAUUUCCAAGCAGCCACACAAUUAUCCCUUCUGAAGUUUUUUUGGUUACUUGCAAUAUUAACUUUCCAAAAGUUGAGUUUUUAUGCGCGACCUAUGAUUUCUAUACUAUUUUCAAUUAUUAAUUUGGUUUCGUGUUAUAUGUAUGAAUUGAGCAUUCACUUUACACAUCGUUUUUCUGUAUCGUAAAGCCGUAUAUUCUUAACUUUUUGUCUGUGGUAUAGAUCUUAUGUUAUUAGGAACUAUUUCUUUCAUAGCAAAUAGAUUUCUGUUGUAUUACGUUUAAUUACAUCUUACAGAAAUUCACUAUCUCUCUUUCAUACAGAUAUAUAGUUAACAGAAGGUUUUCUCAUGUUUUCAAAACUUUUAAGUUAGUUAUUGUAAUUAUGAUUUUUACCUAGAAAUAUUAAGCCUAACACUUCUUAUAUCAAACAUAAAACAGUUUUCUUCGCAAUGUAAAAUAAAAAAUAGCUUUCAGGUUGGUGAGUUGUAGCACUUACAGGAUUAAAAAAUACACUAUAUUCUUCCCAAAAGAAACUUCUUAUCCAUACAGAAGGUUUAAAGAUAUGAACUAGUAUAGACAGUUUAGUUUCUGUUGUUGUUGUUUUUUUAUCAAAUUACAUACACUAAGAAAGAAGAAAAAGCCGACCGUUUUGUAUCUUAGGAUG